AGACGCAUGGCGCGCUGCAAAACCCGGAAGUGGGCGGAAAACGGAGAGGUGGCGGGACGGUUGAGAGGCUUCGUCUUGUGAGCGGUCGCUCGUUGUGCGGGUGUCGCUCAGGCUCGAAGAGGUGCGGGAUGUCCCGCGAGGCGAGGCUGACAGAGUCCGGCACGGAGCUACUGGCCAGACUGGGAGAAAGGCCAUCUCUGAAAAGCCUGGAGCUGCCGAUUUUCUCGGAAGUGGGAUUCCCAGGCCCUGGUGACGUCGUUGAACUGCAUGGAGCCGAAGGGACUGGCAAAACCGAACUCUUGUAUCACGUGCUGGUCCACUGCAUCCUGCCCACCGCCCAGGGGGGCCUAGAAGUGGAGGUCCUGUUUGUGGACACAGACUUCCACUUUGACAUGCUGCGGCUGGUGGCCCUCUUGGAGCAGCGGCUCCCCGGGAGCCCGGAGGCGCUGGUCCGCCGCUCCUUGCGGAGACUCACGCUGGUGCAGUGCAGUAGCUCGGUGCAGCUGCUGCUGACGCUCCGUCACCUCGAAAGCCUGCUGUGCGGCCGUACGGCCCUCGGGGUGCUCAUGCUGGACAGUCUCUCGGCGUUUUACUGGACAGACCGGAGCGCUGGCAGAGAGGACACCCUGAGGAGGUGCUCGGAGUUUCUGCAGAAACUCGUCAAAGACUACCACCUGCUUGUGUUCGCAGCCACUCAGGCCCUCAUGAGAGCAAAGUCGGGUGAGGGCAAAGCAUUGGCAGAGGCCGCCGUGUCCGUGGACAGCUACAGGCCAUACCUCUGUCGCGCUUGGCAAAGGAUGGUCACACACAGAGCAGUUGUGGGGCGGGCCGAGACUGGGCGGGAUGGUGGACCACUCUUCUCGCUCGCCUCCUGCAGCCUGAAGAGCAGACGCACAUGGCAGUGCCACUUUGGCAUCGGGGAAGGGGGGGUGCACUUUGUGUAGAUUGGCAUCGAUUGCUGCGACUGUGGAGUCCACCGGUUGUGCUGCGGUUGGAGCACCAGGGCUUGGGCUUUGAACCACAGCCUGCCUGUCUCCUCAUCUUAGGGACUCUGUGGUUAGAAGCACUACUCGAUUUUUAUUUUGCCCGUUUCUCUCUGCCCAUUUUGUGCCCCUUUCUGCUUCCCCUCAGCGUCGUUUGUUGAGUUGCAUUCCCUUCAGACGCUGAAGGCUGUCGUCAUGUUGAUUAUCACCGCUCUUCAUGUUGGUGGUGUUUACUAAGUAGAAGUUGUCUUUACGCCAAGGUUGAAGCAGUGCCAACUUGUCACAUGGUGCUGAAUGUCACUGUGAACCUUGACAGGGCUGUGCCCAAUAAACUGUGGCGCAUGUGGCCCUAAAGCACCAUGGGUGGAGACUCGGGGUCAUCAAAGAGUGGCUCUGGAACACUUGUGACUUUCUGAGCCGCGUGGCGUGUUGGUGUCACACUUUGGGUUCUCAUGCCUGCACCUCCUGGGCUCAGAUGAAGUUCUUAGAAAAUCGGAAAGCAUCGCCGUGUGAUCAGGUGCCACGUUCACGCUGAGGCUUGGGAGGAAAUUCUGAACAGAAUGAAGCUUUGAAGGUGGCACCAGCAGCAGGCGCUCAGUACCCCCAACUCCAUGCCGCUGUUGCUCUUUGAGUUCUGCCAGAACGUGUUUUGUAUGGCGCCUUUCGCCGAGUGCUGUCAAAGGUAAAAUAAAAUCCCAAGUUGACAAACUGCUUGGCUUGAAGCCACCGCCUAACUCUCUACUUGACGCAUUUCAUUUCUCUUUCAAACCAGAACAGAGGUGCCAUCCAUGCUGCGCUCUCCUCUCAUUUUGGCCACAUUCACCCCCUAGUGUCCCAAUGUCCACAUUACAUUUGUCACUGUGUGGGUAUGUGACAUGCUGCUUACCUCUUAAACUAAGAGACGAGGUGACACAAGUGUGGUUUGGUGGGUGGGGGUGCCACAUUGCCGUUCCUGAGCCCUGUAAAUGACGUGCCACAGACUGACUGGCGGGCACCAGAACACCCAAACCUCCACCAGCUGACCGUCAUGUUCACUUAGGAGCCAAAUUUGAAAAUGCCAGGCAGGUUUGACAUUCUGACCUGCGGAGUUGUGCUGCACAGUGCAGGCCGUCCAUGGCCCAUGAGCGGCUCAAGUAUAAUUGGGGUUAAGCCUGGCCACAUAUCACAAAUUAUGCCUAGGGUCUCCUCCUUUAGGCGCCAGCCAUGGCUCGUGACUUCCCCAGAGGACUGCGUCACCUGUGCCAGGUCCAUCCCUCUCGCUCACGAACCAGACGCCGUGCCACUCACCCGUUCCCUGUGGCCUCGGCUUUGGAUGUGUGCUGGGGUGCCGAUCUUAGGAGUCCAAGAGGGUGGCAGAGACGCGGCCCUUAUGCUGCCAAACCGUACCUCCUU